UCCGCUACUUUUAUCUACUACUAAACUCAAAAAUCAUAAUAAUAUAUAGUUCGGUGCGUCGUGCGUGUUCCAUACACAUCAUAUCGAGCAUCGACGACGUUCUGGCAAAAAACGUGUGUUUCUGAUUAAGUGCGUUCGUGGUGUACGAUUUUUGAUUAGUGAGGUUGUGAGGGAUCAUAGCUUAAAGCGUUUCGUAUUUUGUCGUCUUGUCCGUUUGAACGACGAUGGCUGACAAGGACAAGGAUAACGACGAGGUGGAAGCGACAAUCGCCGAUGAGGCGGUGGUGAUCAAGUACAAGACAGCCGGGGAGAUCGCCAACCGUGUUCUUGUUGAAAUAAUUGAAAAAUGUGUAGAGGGUGCAUCAGUCCGUGAUGUAUGCAUUUCAGGUGAUAAUUUAAUAUUAGAAGAGACUAGUAAAGUAUUCAAAAAAGAAAAGGAAAUGAAAAAAGGUAUUGCUUUUCCCGUUUGUAUAUCUGCAAAUGGUUGCAUUUGUCAUUUUUCACCUAUUACAAGUGAACCAGAUCAUAUAAUUGCAAAGGAUGAUGUCUUAAAGAUAGAUUUAGGAGUUCAUUUAGAUGGUUUCAUUUCUAUGAUUGCUCAUACUAUUGUUGUGGGAGCAAAUUCUGAUAAUAAAAUCACCGAUAAAAAAGCUAAUUGUUUCUUAGCUGCUCAUUAUGCAUCUCAAGCUGCAUUAAGGUUAAUGAGGCCUGGAAAUGAUACAUACCAAAUAACUGAUAUGGUAAUGAAGGUUUGCAAAGAAUUUGAUUGUAAGCCAGUUGAAGGUAUGCUUAGCCAUCAAUUGCAGCAAUUUAAAUUAGAUGGUCCCAAAACUAUUAUUCAGAAUCCUAGUGAAUCGCAUAGAAAAGAACACGAAAAAGCAACUAUUGAGGCCAAUGAAGUUUAUGCUUUAGAUGUACUUGUUAGUACAGGAACUGGAGCUGCCCGUGAAACGACAGCUAAGGUUUCUGUAUUCAAAAAGACCGAAGAAGUAUACCCAUUGAAGCUUAGGGCAUCUAGAAUAUUCUAUACUGAAGUUAUUCAAAAACAUAGUAUAAUGCCAUUCAAUUUGAGAAAUUUUGAAGAUGAAAAGAAAGCUAAAAUGGGUGUGAUGGAAUGUGUAAAUCACAAACUUAUUGAACCAUUUCAAGUUCUUUUUGAAAAAACUGGUGAAACUGUUGUGCAAUACAAGUUUACAGUGUUAGUAACAGCAACUGGACCUGCUCGGAUCACAGGAUUACCAUUUGAAGAGGAUCUUUAUGUGCCUAAUUUAUCCAUUAAAGACCCAGAAAUAUUGAAUUUACUUAAGACAUCUGUAAAUCAAAGAGGAAUUUUGCAACCCGUGAAAAAGAAGAAGAAGAAGCCACAAAAAAAUGCUAAUAAUGCUGCUGGUGAAAACUGCUCUAUGGAUAUCGAUCAACCAUCUAAAACGGGAGUUGAAAAAAUGGAAGUGGAUGCUUAAACAAUGUUCUUCCAUUUUUAUAGAAAUUAUGUACAAACAUGUUUUGGCAUUAAAUUACAUUGAAAAGUAAUGAACAGAAAAUCAGGAAAUUUUCAGUAAAAUUGUUACGGAGUGUGUAUCAACUUCUAUGAAUGACAAAUCAUAUAGCUUUAGAGUCUCAAAAUCAAUAUUGACUAAAUUUUAUAUAUUUUUAAUUUUAAUAUUAAAUUUGUUAAUGAUCUAUAGAACUAACUUUAAAAUCCUGUUUACUUACAUUGCCCUCCAAAACUAUUUGUAAUUUACUUGACUUGUUUUUAAAUAAAGCGUAUAAAACAUUGUCA